CAGCUAGCGCCGUAGCUUUAGCGCCGCAGGUAAACACAGCGCCUGACAGGGAGAGGACGACGCGGCACCGACGUGCUCUUGGACGGGACUGCAAUAAGUGGCAUUUCGCCCGGGAUUACACAACUAACUCUACGUUAAUACGAUGAUCUCGGGAUGUCCGCACUGUCAACACCGUGCUAGAAUUAGCCCGACACAGACUAUGUCGGUAGUAUGCGUUUAGAUUAUGAAUAACGCCUCUAAACAACGAAUUUCUGCAUCACAACAAACGCAGGCCAGUCUGUCCAUCUGGGGAUGGGGGGGUCUUGGAGUUGUGCUGUUCCUUGUCACCUUUGGACCCUUUGCCAUAUUUUACCUGGCCUUUUAUAUCUUCUGCUUCAUUGGAGGGGGCUUUGCAGUCACUCUACUUUAUGGAAAGAUCAACUCCGAGAAACAUCUGGAAAAGUGUGAGCACUCUUAUCUGCCACCCAACCAAAUUGGUAUACUAAAGACACUGGAUGAGAUGAAGUCGGAGAUAAAGCCCAUCAAGAUUGACAGGAGGCUGACUGGCUCUAGCUUUAUAGAUGAACCACUACAGCAGGUCAUCCAGUUUGCACUCAGAGACUAUAUCCAGUAUUGGUACUACACUCUGAGUGAGGAUGAGUCCUUCUUAUUGGAGAUUAGACAGACGUUACAGAAUGCCCUGGUUCAGUUCUCCACACGGUCCAAAGAGGUGGACUGGCAGCCUUACUUCACUACACGCCUGGUGGAUGACUUUGCAACCCAUUUACGUGUCUUUAGAAAAGCCCAGGAUCGUCUUGCUGACAGAGAGGACAAGCAAAGAGACAUAACGGAGGAGAUGACUGACUCGUUCUUUGAGGUGGAGAUGGAAAUGGAACGGACAAUUUGUCGAGACAUUGUGUGCACUUCACUUAAAGAUGAAGAAGGUUUUCUUCGGGACUUGUGUGAGUUGCUUUUAUAUCUGUUACUACCUCCUGGAGAUUUCCACAACAAAAACAUGCGAUACUUCCUCAGGGAGGUGCUGGCACGCGGUGUGCUGCUUCCGCUGAUCAACCAGCUGAGUGACCCAGACUACAUCAAUCAGUUUGUUAUUUGGAUGAUUCGGGAUUCCAGCUGUAAUUAUGAAGCCUUCAUGAACAUCCUGAAGCUGACUGACAAACCUGCUGAGCUGGAAGCCGUCAAGGACAAAGUGUUGGAGGAGCUGCAGUACCUUCGCUCCCUGGACACUGCUGGAGACGACAUCAAUGUGAUCAAGAACCAGAUUAACAGUCUUUUGUUUGUGAAGAAGGUGUGUGAGACUAGGAUCCAGAGACUACAGUCUGGCAAGGAGGUGGACGCCUUAAAGCUGGCAGCAAACUUCGGAAAGCUGUGUGUCAUACCACUGGAUCACAUCCUUGUCCAUAACAUAGCCUUGCAGUUCUUUAUGGACUUCAUGCAGGCCGCCGGGGCACAGGCAGAGCUGUUUUUCUGGCUCACUGUGGAGGGCUACAGAGUGACAGCACAGCAGCAGCUUAAGGUCAUGCAGAGCUGGCAGCAGGAUGGGAAGAACCAGCCCAGUGCCACCAAGGGGCUGCUGAAGGCCGCUGCACUGGGGGUCUAUGAACAAUACCUCUCUGACAAGGCAUCUCCAAGAGUACAGGUGGAUGAGCCAUCAGUGACGAAACUGGGGGAGAAACUGCAGAAAGAUGAUCCCACACCAGAGAUAUUUGAUGAAAUCCAGCGCAAGGUGUACGACAUGAUGCUGCGUGACGAGCGCUACUACCCGUCUUUCAAGCAGAGUCCUCUUUACGUUCGCAUGUUGGCAGAGCUGGACAUGUUGAAAGAGCCGAGCUACCGGGGAUCUGAUGACGGCGAUGGGGAAUCUUUUAAUGGCUCACCCACAGGAAGCAUAAGCCUGUCUUUGGACGAUUUGUCCAACUCCUGCCACGAUGAAACUAUGCACCUACAUGCCUUCAUCUCUGACACAGGGGUUUGCAACGACCACGGUAAGACCUAUGCGCUGUACGCCAUCACUGUGGUCAGACGCAACCAGGACGGCAGCGAAGACUGCUGGAAGACCUAUCGCCGCUACUCGGACUUCCACGACUUCCACAUGAGGAUCACUGAACAGUUUGAAAACCUGGCGUCAAUCCUCAAGCUGCCGGGAAAGAAGACAUUUAACAACAUGGACAGGGAAUUUUUGGAGAAAAGGAAAAAAGACCUCAAUGCUUAUCUCCAGUUGCUAUUAAACCCAGAGAUGGUGAAGGCCUGCCCAACUCUGAUUCCUUACGUCUAUGAUUUCCUCGAGAACAAGGCCUACAGCAAGGGCAAGGGAGAGUUUGCACGAAAGAUAGACACAUUUGUAAAUCCUUUCAAGAGCUCCAUGAGGAACAUGUCCAAUGCAGUGAAAGCCCUGCCAGACAGUCUGGCUGAAGGGAUGACCAAGGUCUCUGACAACAUGGGCCGCAUGUCAGAACGACUGGGCCAGGAUCUCAAACAGUCCAUUCUCAAGGUGCCUCCGCUUCUCCCCAAGUCUGAAAUCGACCCGGAACACUGUCGAGUUUCCGCUCAGCUUGAUGACAAUGUGGAUGAUAACAUCCCACUGAGGGUAAUGCUGUUGCUUAUGGACGAGGUGUUCGACCUGAAGGAGAAAAACCAGUGGCUGCGCAGGAACAUUAAAAACCUGCUGCAGCAGCUCAUCAGAGCCACAUAUGGAGACACUAUCAACAGAAAAAUUGUGGAUCACGUGGAUUACUUAACCUCACCAGAACAGGUGGCAGACUAUGUCAAGAAGUUCAGGGAUUCUUACUGGCCUAACGGUAUUCUGGCUGAGACGCCGCCCCGUCGGGACAAAAGCAUUCGCAUGAGGACACGAGUAGCAGCCAAGACAAGCCUGCUAGGCAUCAUGCCAGAUGAGUUGAAGCAUAUCAUUGGAGCCGAUACCACGAGAAAAGGCAUCCUGCGGGUCUUCGACAUGUUUCAGUACCAACCUAUGAACCGUCGGUUAGUCUACGUUUUCCUAGAGGGCUUCUUGGAGACAAUGUUCCCCCAGUACAAAUUCCCUGAGCUCUUUGUCAAGCUACACUCCCGAUCGCCACGCGUCCACAGAUACAACCAGAAACUCAAAUGUGCCUCUUAUAAGAGGUGACAGUAGAAGCCUGAGGCAACUGGACACAGAUCAACUAGAAACACAGACUUGAGCGCUGAGAGAGAGAGCGAGCCUUGAUGGUGAAGGAUGAGGUAUGUGUUGGAUUUCUUUUCUUUCCCUCCUAAACCUUUUAUUCAUGAAUAACACUCCAGUUCUAGCAGUUUUUUUGUCUCGAGACAAAACUGAAAAAUGAGCUACACGUGCAAAACUCUAAUCCUGUAAUUUGCACCCAGCCUCCAAAUGGCAGGUUUUAUUUUUAGUUUACGUAAUUUCCCCCUCUUUUUAAACCUUUUAUGUGUGUUAAGCUUUAAUCUGGGCCAAUGCUGCUUUCUCAUGGUCCAGAGAGCAGACCACAGAUACUGUAUUGUUUUGAAACUGCAGGAGUACAUAGCGUAGACCCACACCUUGCCUUACUUUCCUGCUUUGGUCUUUUGGCCGGCACCGUUUGCCAUCUCUCUGGCCUCUCAGCUGUAGUCAACAUUGCCCUCAUGCUGUAGACACGCAGAAGCUGCACAUUGCAUACAUGCAACAGAUUUUUGUUUUCAUAGCAACCAAAACUGUCAAAAGCACUGGGUCAAAGAGGCGCUGUUUUUAUAAUGUGACUGAAAGGAUGACUGUUGAUUAUGUCCUGUUUUUAUUGUGAGCAUUUUCCCACCCUAAUUGUUUCUCGUGGAACACAACGCUUUGUCCUUUAAAAAUGUUCAUGUCAUCUGUGCCACCCACAGUCCCGAAAGACCACGUCCCCUUUAUUGCUACUGUCAUAACCUGUGACGACCAAAGUUCAAGCUAUUCGUUGUUUAUCUGACGUUGGGACAAUUACUGUACUGCAUCUCAUUCAUCACGUGAAGAAAGUAAUUGCAAUGUUAAGCUUUUAAAUGGUAUAAAAGGCUAAAAGGAUGUGUCGCGGUCAGCUCCGGCUUUCCAGCCGUGCCGUGGAAGAAUGUACUCUCUGGUCUACUCUGUACUUUGCUCUUGAAGAUUUCUGUGUGAAUGUUUGUGUUUUUAGCACGGACGUCCUGCCCUCCUCAGUCAGAAAUUUGUGCCAGCGUGAGCUAGUGAACCAGCCUUAAAACUACAUACAGUAUACACAGUGACCAAGAGACACGCUAGCGCUCUCCUACACAUGACUGAACAGAAAUCCAGAUAGAGACAUGGAGAUAUAUCCCUAAUCAUUUUUAUUCACAGGAAAUGUUAUUUUGUGCAAUAUUUUUUUUUCUUCAAUGCAUGUGCAUUCUGAAUCAUUCUAUAUUGGAAGGAAGUAAUUGAUAUUGUUUUAAUGGAAGAAAAGUUCCCCUAGAAAUGUCUUCUUAUCCCAACAACUCAACAUUCCGUUGUUGUAAAAUUCUUUGUUUUACAGACUUGUUUUAUAAGUCUGGAUUUUUUGUGUUUGUUUGUUUUGGGGGUGUUGAUCAGUCGGUGUUGGGGGGGGGUGUUCCUGUUCAAGCUCAAUGAUUGGCUCAUGCUGUAGCUAAUUAGGAGACCGUCUAAUGAAACUGCUUGUUUUUAACAUAUAGGUGGCAUUUUAUGCAUUCAAGCCUGUUCCCCUAAGUGUGAACAGAUCCUUCAGCUAUGAAGUGACCACUGGAGAUAGCCCCCACCCGCCCUGUCCAACUGGCUCACACAUGACAGUGUGACCAGUUGAAUCCCUGCUAACGAGCACUUAGUAGCACCCAUGGGGCGGCCCCUCCAUUGGCCACACGCAGCCCCAUUCUGCUGCACUCUUUUGAUGGAGCUCCCUCGUCUGCUGUGAUGUGCUCGCACUGAGCAGCCCGGUGAACUCCGAUCGGAGUCGAGGACACGAACUGGAGCCUCUUUUAUUAGAGAUCAAUAUUUUUGUCCAAUUGGCAGAGAAGUCACCUUUGACUUUGUGCACACCUCUCCAUACAGGAAGGCUUGUCUGUUUUUUUAACCCCAGUAUAUGAGUCUAUGAUAAUAAAAUUGUGCAUAUCUGUGUACAGUAUGUGUUAAUAGUGUGCCUAAAUGUACUGUCAACUCUAUUUUCAUAUUUUUCUUUGACCUAAAAAGAAUCAGAAUGUCUUGAUCAUUUUAUGCAACUGAAAAUAACUUUAGUUUUUUUUUUUAUUUGCAUCAAGCUUAUCGAACUCUUGUGAGCCGCUGUGCUCCGAUCAGUAUAACACUAAUAAAAGUAUCUCAGACUAA